AUGGCGGCGGCGGCGGCCCGGCUGGGCUGCGGAGCUGCGGCUCGUGCCGCCGGCUUGCGCAGGCGGUUAUAUGACAUGAUGAAACCAUACACCAUUAAGAAACAGCCUCUGCAUCAGUUUGUGCAAAGACCACCUGUCCCACUAUCUGCAACCUUACGUAACACAGUGAGACACAUGUUUAUUCAAACACAAGAUACCCCAAAUCCCAACAGCUUAAAAUUUAUUCCAGGAAAACCAGUUCUUGAGACAAGGACCAUGGAUUUCCCUACACCAGCUUCAGCAUUUCGCUCCCCUCUGGCUAGGCAAUUAUUUAGGAUUGAAGGAGUAAAAAGUGUCUUCUUGGGACCAGAUUUCAUCACUGUCACAAAGGAAAGUGAAGAGUUAGACUGGAAUUUACUGAAACCAGAUAUUUAUGCAACAAUCAUGGAUUUCUUUGCAUCUGGCUUGCCCUUAGUCACUGAGGAAACAUCUUCAGGAGAAGCAGUAUCUGAAGAAGAUGAUGAAGUUGUGGCAAUGAUUAAAGAACUGUUAGAUACAAGAAUACGGCCAACUGUGCAGGAAGAUGGAGGAGAUGUAAUAUACAAGGGCUUUGAAGAUGGUAUCGUACAGCUGAAACUCCAAGGUUCUUGUACCAGCUGCCCUAGUUCAAUCAUUACUCUGAAAAAUGGAAUUCAGAACAUGCUGCAGUUUUAUAUUCCAGAAGUAGAAGGCGUAGAACAGGUUAUGGAAGAGGAACCAAAUGAAAAAGAAACAAAUUCACCUUAA